GAGAAGCCUGAGCAGCCGUGUGACAGUCUAAGUCGUGUCCGGGCAAAGAGGAGUUACGUCAAGGAGGUUUCGUCGCUUCUUCAGUGUGAGGAGAUGAGCGGGGCGACCGCCUGGAUGCAUGCAGGACGUGAGACUUUAAUUGAACUCGGAGUUCGAGAGAAACGGCGGUUGACAGGGUGCACUGCACAAACCUUGCGAUGUAUCGACACUCAGUUCCAGGCAAGAGAAACUCUCUGCCCGGCCCGGGAAUCGCGCCGUCGACUUCCGCAGCGACCUCCGACUACGCGCCGGAGAUCUGCCCGGUCUCCAGGAACUGGGAAAGGGGAAGCAGGAAACGGUCGGAGCUGAGUGUUGUCUCUGUUGGAAAAGGGAAAAGUGGAAACAAAGGUGAGGCAGGAGAACUCUGUCUUGCUGCUGUCGAGGGAGGCGAAAACAGGAUUGAGCGAAAGACGCCACACGGAGGAGAAGAGCCAGGGUCUUUGACUUCGUCACUGCGGCGUACGAGCAGACUUCAUCUUUUUUUUCAGGAGAGCAGUGUGCGCCACAAACAUCGUCCGCUGUCGCACGGUUUGUACCUCUUUCAGCUUGGCACUCUAAGGUCUUCGGAACGCAGACGCCCCGAAUCUGACUCAGAAGCAUCGCGGGAAACGGCAAGGCAAAGAUGGCGGAUGUAUCUUCAUGUUGCCUGGAAGAAUGAAGGCUGCUUCUGUCUGGACAGAGUGAACACGGUUCGCCUUCUUCGAUGCCUUGGCGGCGCCUUCUGGAUGUGCACACCGACAGAGGGAAGAAGGCUGAGAUUGACCAGAAGCCCGCAAGGCAGAAAUUAUGGAUCUCCCCGUGAAAUAUGAACGACUGACAACACACCCGCUGUGUGUGUUUGUCCGCUUCCUCUCCAGCAAAAAAACGGCUAGCGCUCCGUUUCGCUUCCCCCAGCCACGCGCCACACGGACGAGAGAGAUGGCCGCAGAACUUGCAAUUGCACAUGAAAACGGACACACCAGGAGACAGCGGAUCUUCUAUUUUUAAGACAUCUGCACAGAGGCGCAAAUGGAAGCGGAAACGGGAAACUGCAAAGCACGCAAUCGGCUUUUUAUCUGAUUAGGGCGUGUGGUCGCGGCCUGGAGACACCGGCCAUGUGCAACAACGUCGGAAAAUCCGGCACACAGAGGAGCAUGAAAACGAGGUGUUAGUUCUG